UCGCAGAUGUUAGCGGUGCUGCGUGUGGAAGAAGCCGCCUGUUGGUGCUGUUCUGGGGCAUGUGGCUCAGCGGAAUGGGGCCGUCUUCCUCUCUCUGACCCGUCGAUGAAAAAACCGACCGAGCGGCGAAAGGGCUGGGGAUGCACAACGGGACAGAAGAAACACGGCUUUACGGGCGAAAAACCAGGAGUGCUGAUGCUGCUAAACAUGGAGUGUCGCCUCCUUUGCGGAAUAAACCGAGGGUACGCUGAUGUGGCCGGUCAGUGAGUUUGUAUGAGCAAAAUAUUUGGCUUCUACUUUUGUUUUGUUUUUUAACCGUUGGCGUUGAUACACACAUCUGCAACGAUGCGGGCUGUGGACCGGAGAAGAACCGCCGCGAUUGUACUCUGCCUUUUGGGAUACCUUGUCUCCAAAGCUGCCACCAAAACAGUACCGGAGGACACAGCCACGGAAGGUAAAGAGGUGACUCUGAAGGUUCACCUGAGCGAUGCCAGCACUCACCAGCCCCUGGGAGGAGCCACCAUACAGCUCUUCGCCAACCACACUUCUGUAACCACGGAAACCUCAUCAGCUGAUGGCAACACCUACCUGCGCUUCCCCUACCGCCUUGGGACACCAUUGGUCGUCACCGCAACCAAACAGGGAUAUGUGCCAAACUCUGUGCCAUGGAGUCCCUCUAGAUUACCUGUAUUUUCCUCCAUCAGCCUGGACCUGCUACCAGAAAGAGCUGCUACUCUGAUGGUGUAUGAAGAUGUUGUGGAGAUUGUUUCGGGCUUACAAGGUUUCAGGCGUCAGCCCAGUGUUCAUUUCCAGCGCAGAGCUCUGAGUCUUCCCUCCAACACAUCCUACGCCAACCUAACUGCGCUGCUUACCGUGGCCAGCACCCCCUCACACAUCCAGCACUUUCCCCACCUGCAGGUCCUCGGCGGCAACGGCACAGGGACCGAGAAGAGGUUUGAGUUGACUCCUGUAGCAGCCAUCUCUGUUCACUUAUUGGCCAGCGACGGAGUGGAACUGCAGGUGAAUGAGCCAAUCACGGUCUCCGUCCCCCUGCCGGCUGACAGUGGCCUGAAGGAAAAUGAUCACAUCCCUGCUUGGAGAUUUGACCCACGCUUGGGUGCAUGGAUAAAGAGCAGCUGGGGUCAUGUGCAGAAGGAGGGCAACCAGCUCAGUCUGACCUACAUUGCUCCUCAGCUGGGAUAUUGGGUGGCCGCCAUGUCCCCACUACACUCAGGUCCAGUUUUUGCGAAGGACAUCAGCACAUACCACACCGUGUUCCUGUUGGCUAUACUGGGAGGCAUGGCUCUCAUCCUGCUGUGCCUGCUCUGCCUCCUGUUGUGCUACUGCAGGCGUCGUUGUUUGAAGCCUCGAGGGUCUCACCGCAAGCUCACGCUGUCCUCUGGUCUUGACAGCAGUAAGAGGGACCAAGCCACCUCCAUGUCCCACCUGAACCUCAUCAGCAACGAGGUGCAGCUGGAACUUGUUUCCACAGCGACUGAGCCCGACAUGACCACACCAAUGCUAAAGCCUUUCUCAUAUGAGCAUCAAGACAAUCAACGUCAACACAGCGUAAUCCAUCACAACAAACACAGCCGCUCGUCUCUCGGCAACAGCCACCACGGCUCAUCUCUUGGCAAUCUGACGCCUCGCAGCAGAGACUACCGGCAGUCUGCAGAGACGUUCCAAUUAAAGGCUGCCCUUUCAUCCGGAACAGACCGGGGCUACCGUCAAUCAUACACCUCCGUCUGCUCAUCCAGCAACCCGAUUUCAGAUGCACUGUCAUCAGCCAAUCACGGACAGGUGUCGGGUAACCAUCUGAGCAGUGUUGGGAUUGUUGAUUGCAUCUCCCCAUCCUCUCCUCCUCACUCCCCGAGUCGAGGGGAGGGAUGUGAGUGCAGAGCUCCUGACUACCUUCUGUCUCGCUCUGUGGACCACCUGGAGCGUCCAAGUCCCCCUUUGCUCUCCCGGCCCGGCCAGCUGCUCUGCUGCGGCUCUGUGGACUUGCUGAGUGGAGGAGAAGGCUACCCGAGGGUGCGUCCUACACUGGUGAUCCCAGCACACUACAUGCGCCUGCCUGGGGAGCACCCUCUGUCUGGUCAGGCCCUCCUGUUGCAGACUGACCAGCAGAGUGACUUGGAGACCAUCCAGGCUGAGCUCAAUGCCUCACAUUCCCAGCAGCCCCUGGGGCAAACCCCCACUGACUGCACCCCAGGUCCCACCAAGCAGGGUGACGGAGAGGGCCACGGCCUGUCAGAGUCUCUGUCUAUUCCUGCAGCACUUGGGGAAACAGGUCUAGUGGAAAUAAACAGUGAGGACACCUUGUUGGCUGAAAAGACUUUAAUGGAGCUAAGAGGAGGGAAGCCUCUGCCUCAUCCGCGAGCCUGGUUUGUCUCACUUGAUGGACGCUCCAACGCUCAUAUUCGCCACUCCUACAUCGACCUCCAGCGGGCGGGGUGCCACGGCAACACACCAGGUGGAGGAGGUCAGCAAGGUAAUAGCAGCGGUGGGAGGCGUGGCAAUGGCAACGAUGCCAGUCUGGACUCCGGUGUGGACCUGAACGAGCCGAGAGUGGGCCGCAGGGGGAGAGACGGAGAGCGGGAGGAAAGAGAGAUUGAGAAAGACAGGUCGAAGGGCACAACACCAGCCAUGGCCUACACUCAGCUGGUGUAUGUGGAUGAUCUGGAUGGGGGAGGCAGCGAGGAGGAGACGCCCAAGUGCAGCCUACAGGACAGUAAAACAGGACCCAUCCUGUCAGACAAAGCAGAGGGUCAGAGAGGGGAUCAGGGGGAUGUGGAGGGGAAAAGAGUAGAGGGGGUGCGAAUACAAGAGGAACCUCCCUCACUUUCCUCUUCAUCGCCUGCUUCUCCUCCUCCCCUGCCAACACCAGAGGGAGAGACUUUCAGGACUGACCACGCGCUGCUGUCAGUCUCUCCUGAUGACGAUGCAGCACACGAGGAUGGAGAGGAGGAGAAGAAGAGUCCCUGGCAGAGGAGAGAGGAGCGACCCCUGCUGGCCUUCAACCUUAAAUGAUCCACAGAUGACCACGUAAAGGAUGGGUUCACACUUUUUCUUAAUAGAAUACUCACAUGCCCAUAUGUACAUUGAAAAUGUUUUUGUGUUAAUUGUUCCUGCUGUACAUACUGGCCCUUCUUAAAGCGAUUUCAGUGUAAGAAUCCACAGUCCUUGUUCUGUGAAAUUCAUUCUCAGUUAGUCAAAUCAAGUGGGGAUCUUCCAAAAUUGUAGUCUUUUUAGACAGAGUACUUUAUUAAUCCUAAUGGGAAAUUGCAGCGUUCUGGCAGCGAAGUCACACAUGAAUCACAUAACAAACAAAAAAACAAAACAAAUAAGUCAAAUAAAAAAAACUAGGACCACACUCUAAAUAUAUACAGCAGAUGUUUUCAAACUGUAAGGUGUGCCUCCUCAGGGGCGUGAGGGGUUGAGGGGAGGACGUGGGUGAGGUGAAUUGCCACAAUUUGAGUCAAAAAUCAUUCUCAGAGUAUAACCUCAGUCAUAUCUGAACACACAGCCAUAAUACAUAUAUUUUUAGAUUCAGUGUGACUUACACUUCCUGAUAUCAUUAUCUCCAAUGUCCAUCGUGAAUAAACAUCCAUAAAUCUGGUUAGAAAUCAGGGGGGAAAGAUGCUCCUUUUAACUCCAGAACUUGACUAAAAAUCAUCAAGUUUUUAAGUUUUCUUCAGUAUCAAAGUAAUCCUGUUAAUCCUGAUAGUUGUUUGUACAUCCAUGGUUACACUGCAAACAGAAAUUGCUAAUAACUAAUUCGGCACACUUUUAAUGGUGCCAAUUUUCCAAAAUAUAAACAAAUACAGGGGGGAAAAAACAGGGUUCCAGUUGCCGCAGCUGUAUUUGAUUUUGUCAUUGUCAGAACCCCUGAUUUACAGCGAUCGUUCCUGGUAAUAUUCUGAACAUGGUUAGUGCAAGUCUAAUAGAUACUGUAUAUUAUCAUGUACGGAUAUGGCAAGGUGCUUCAUUUGAAUUGCAUACAUGAGUAGAGGGAACCGUUAUACACUAAAUCUUUGUAGACACACAGUUACGUACAUGUAUAUAAAAUAUAGGAAUGUAUGUAACAAACAGUUCUGGUUAUAAUUUGAAAUUAGUGCCGUACAACUUUGUGUUACUAUCCCUCUGCUGUGACUCAGCAAGGAAGCACAAAGAGGGAAUUUUAUACUAAAAAGACUUUAACUUGGCCUGUCUAACUUGAGACAGAUAUUAGCUUCAGCUGAACAUUAAAAUGCAUUUUUACACAGAACGAGGACUGGAUUUUGUCUCUUACAAAUCUGAAAUCUCUUUAGGAAGGGAUCUCUUUGCUGCUGGUGUAGACAGGAGGAACAAUUACAGCAACCAAAACUGUUCAAUUGUACAUAUGAGCAUGUCAGUUUUGUUUUGAGAUAGAUUUUUAAAAAAAUGUGAACCUAUCUUUUAACCAUGACUCCCCCUCUGCUCAGACCAUACCGUGAAGGAUAUGAUACAUUGAAGCCCUUUGUUUUUUCUUAAUAUAGCACUGAGAGAAUAUUUCAGCACUGGGAUCCCUUCUAGUCUAGACCCAUGAAGAGAUGGUUCAGAUCCUUCAUGAACUUCCAGGUCCCCUUUAUGAAAUGACCACUGUUGUCCUCCACUUUGUCAUUCUCACAACUCCCUACAUAAACAGACCACUCAUCGGGCACGAUAUACACAUUGCCUGAGGGAGACAAACGGACUUUGGAGACAAGAAAUUAGAAUAUUUUAUGCACAGAUAUAUGCCUUUUUUUUAUAAAUAGCCUUGUAAGCAUAAAGGAAAAACUGUAGGGUGGUUCUCACAAAUGAAAGACUACAGGAAUCUUUUUUUCUCGAGCCAUAUUGGCCUCAGUCCACUGACACACUAUACUUCUUUAAAGAUUAUAACCCUAAUUUAGCCACACUGACUGAUUUUUAAGAUUGUGGAGCAUUUGUGCAAAAUGCGGCAUGUGAUUCUACUCUUUUCACAGUCUGUUAGGAAAUUAGGUCUUCAUAGCGUGUUUCUGUGCAAGAAUCACCCCUGACAUGAACAUGUAAAUCCUGUACUGAAUGGUUUUGAGUAUGUUUCUAGAAUCCAGCCCGUCAGAAGGCCGUAUGGGUGUUUACAUGAUCUACACAGGGGGAUAGUGUUGGUUUGGACUGAAGAAAUUAAACCACUAUCCGCACUGCAACGUAAUCAGACAAUGUGACACACCACUAUGCUGGUGGUUAAAGAUAUACCACUACGAAACUGUAGUUCCACCCAAAAUAAUUGUGAGGUGUAAUAAUAUGAAGGGUUUUGUAAUUGUUGAACCACUGACUAGCAUAUUUUUGCUCUGAAGGCUAUGCAUCACUUUUAUAUGGCUGCUUGAGAUGCCUUUUUUUGUAAUUUUAAUCACCAUGAUUUUAAUUGCCAACAUGAAGUAUUUUACCUUAAAAUUGCUAUUUUUAUUUCUUCAAAUAUGUUAAGGGUUUUUAUUUUUCUUCUGCCUUAUUGUUAGAGCUACAAAAGCAAACUGCAUAAGUUUUACCUGAAACCAAAUUAUUUUUGCAUGCUGUGUUUCACCUUCAUUUAUUUCCCUAUUUCCUCAUGUUCCAAGUGCCUUUGAACAACCUGACUCUACAACAAAUAUGUGGAACAGAUUACCUUAUUUAUUUCUCGCCUUCUUUUGCCUUCAGCUUUUCUCCUCUCUACCUCAGCCCUCCCUUUCUCUCCCACUUGUGAAAGAAAGCAUGCAGUAAACUUUCCUCAGCACUAGCGUGUCACAAGCUACACUGCAGACAUCUCAGAAAAUGUCUACCAGCUGCUGCAAUCGUAAAAUCCUCUACAGUAAUCAGCAAGGCACCAGUCUCUCCUAGAGUAAGUAGUUAAGGAUUUACUGAAGUUUUCAGUGUAGCACAGAAUAUAUAAAGCUAAGUGCGAUUGUAUGUGAAGCUAAACUGCAGGUCAUUUCAGUGCAUUUUCCUAUUUUUGUGUUUUUGGAGGGUGAAUGUUUGUCUCGAAUGUGUUUAUGCGCACCUGCGUGGUGGUAGUGUUCACCUGCGAUGCUGCUGGCUGUGAGUUUGUGUUGUGUCAGACUGUGUGUCCACAUGAGAGCGCUGACAAAUAAUCAUCAUACAUCCACUCAAGGUUCAUAUAGUCAAAGCAAUCAUAUUACAGAGUGUGUAUAGUUCUUUCCUUUCCUCUACCUGGUCAAAAUGAUGUGUGAGUUGGUGUUGUGAAUGGCCACUUCUCUUUGCAAUACAGCAUCCUGAGUGUGUAACUUGGUUGCUUGUAUUAUAUUUGAAGCCUAUUAUUCAGAAUAAACAGCCAAACUGGAA